GUUUGAGGGAAGCGAAAUGCCAAAGUUGCCACGGCUUUUCUCGAGCGUUUACCAAUGAUGUUAUCUACAUUUCAUUCUCUAAUAUCAUGCAAAAAGUCAGUUACACAGUCAGCAUCACUCUGUGAGCAAGAACUAUUGAGAUGAAUGUGAGAGAGCUCUCAGACUCAGAUAAUUCUGAUGAUUCUGACUGUUUUGUGACGGGCUGCUCACAAAGUCAGACGAGGAAGCAAAAUGUGUUGAUCCCACCAAUAACACGCUACCUCAACAAAACGGCAGUGAGGAAACAUGAGGCUGUUGAGUCCACCCAAACCCAGAGGUCUCAAGGGAAGGUUUACCACAUGGCAGUCAGUCAACAAACCAAACGAAAGAAAGAAGAAAACAAAAGAAGUGAAUCGGGUGCUCAUAAUCAAGCAGUUGCGCCUUCAACAUCAACAGGAAUGCUCGAAAUUAUCAGUGACUUAUCCUCUUCAGAAGAUGAUACAGAAAAUUCCUACUUGGGCAUCAGUGGGCUGGAAAAAGUGUGUGGAAAGCUGUUCUACAGAGGGGAAGAGAUACAUAUGCCUGGUGUAGAUAUUAAAAAGCUGUGUAAAGUGGAUAUCGAGAAAUUUCUCAGGAACAUGAAAGAAGAGAUGAUCAACAAUAAAGGAAAUAAAUCUGAGUGGGAACAUAAUAAUACUAUUGAGAAUGAUAGCUCCUCAAGUAUUUCAAGCAGUAGAGAGGAGGAAGGUGAUAAAACAUCAAGUUCCAGCUGCCAUGUUGUAUUGUUGAAUGAUGAGGGCUUUCCUGCAGGAAAAAGUAAAUUGCAGAAAAAAGGUGCAAAAAAAAACCCUAAGCCAAGAAAAGGGAUAAAGACAGGAUGGACAAAUACUGGAGCUACAUAUAGCAGUGACUCUGAAGAUGACCAUUCAUUUGAUUUUGUACGUUUAGCCAAGUCAAAAGGAGUAAAAUCUGAUGACACAAAAAAUAAUGCUGUUUGUGGAAGAGUGGUUAAACCUCAUCUCACUGAUCCCAUGACUCCUCCCUCAUCUGGGUGUCUGUCAAAACGUAGUAAACUGUCAUUAAAGAAAUCAAGAGGCAAAUCUAAAAUGGAUGUAAUUACCGAUGAUGAAUCAAGAUUUGUAUCCAGACAUAACACAGAUGUGCCAGGUGUAGUGCUGGAAACCUCAGAUUCCCACCCAGAUGAAACACCAAAGAAACUGGUUGAGAAAGUAAAGUCUUUGAAAGGGGAGUUGACUUAUCAUCUCCACUCAAGCAAGAGGCAAGCAAAUCAAAAUACUCCAAAAGAUAAAAGUAGUAUUUUUAAUGCAUUUAUUAGAGCAGAUAUCUCAAAGAAGACACCUUUAAUGAAGGGGGCAGCUAUAAAACUACCUUCAACAUCUGCUAGUUAUGUUGAUGAAGUGGACAGCCAAAGAUCUCUGAGGGCAGCAAUCUUAUCAACACAAUUGCUCACUGACACCUUUGCUGAUUCCCAUACAAGUCCAACAGAAGGUUGUGUAAAUCCAGCGGAAGGUCAACUUAAUUCUGUAGAAGGUCAAGUAAAUCCUGUAGAAGGUUAUGUAAGUCCAGCAAAAGGCUGUGUUGUAGACAAAGGCUCUGAUUCUGACAAAAGAAUGGACGUUGUCAAGAAAGUGAAGUCAAGGAAACUGUCAAAGUAUCGUUUUUCACAGUCAGAAGAAACAUGUGAUAUAGAUUCUGAUAUUCCUCUGAAUAAAUUGUAUGCCCAAUCAGGAGGACAAAUUGGCAAAAAAGCCAAUUUACCCACAGUGAGUGAGUUGUUACACCCAAAGACAUCACUUGUGACAACUGAUUCACCCGAAGUACCAAGUAAAAAGAGGAAACUAGAAUCAAGUACCGCAGUUACCAAGCAGAUGUCCUGCCCUGACAGUGUACAUUCUUCUGUAAUUCUUGAUGAUGAUGAGGAUGAAGGAGACAGUGACAUCACUCUGCCUGCAGUGGAUGAAAACCAGGCGUACGUUGUCCUGGAUUGUGACAGAUCUGUACAGGCUUCAGAUGACCCCACAGUACUUGCCGUUUCACCUUCGAUUUAUGAAGACAGCAUGGGUAGCUUCUCAGCCCAAAACAGCUUAUUGUCAGAUGUUACCACGAAAAUCCAAGGUACUGACCUUUCUAGAAAUCAAGCAGAUAAUUCAGUGAGUACUUCUGAUGCUCCAGGUAAGGAAACACUUUCAGAUUCAGAUUCUGAGGAUCUUCCUUUAAGCUUUUUGAGUGGACAAGAGAUCAUACCAUCCCAGUCAAAAACCGAUGGUGAUGUUCAACUCUCAACUAUUGGUGAAGCACAAUCUAGUGCUUCGCCGGCACAGGCCAGUUCCUUAUCCCAUAUACGUAGGCCUGUACCAUCCACUUCCUCUUGCGAUAGAAAGGAUCACCCUAAAACAAAUGGCACAACUGCAAAUCAGAAUGAUGCUGGGAAGGAUUCUGCCAUCGUCAAGGAUACUUUUCCAAGAAAAAGAACUAUUCCAUCGGCAGGAAGUAUCCUACAGUCUGCAUUGUCCCGCAGGGCGUUAAAGUCAAAGUCUGUCCAAAGACAAGACACGAAGCUUGAGGAUGAAAUGUCUACCACAUGUGAACAUCAAGGUAGAAGCAGAAGUAAUAUCCUUCCAUCCAACACUGAUCCUCAGCCUAUGGACACAGAUGUCUUGAAACCAACAAAUGGACAUGCAGGUUCUGUGACCCAGACCUUGUGUGCCUCCAAGGUAAAACCAGAACCUCUUGAUGAGGAGUUUGAUUCCCCCAGUAAGGUGUCUGAAAUUGUGGAUCAUAAGGAUGGAAUACAAGUACCUGUGCAGCCUGAAGUGAAGUCUGAACCUCCUGAUCAGACAGAUAAAGAAUUUAAGGGUUUCACUCAAGUGGACGAGGUUAUCAUGAUAUACGAUUCCGAUGAUGAAGAAUUGUUCAAGGAUUUCUCUCAGCAUUCAAAAACAUGUGAACAUUCCGAGUCACUGUGUGCAAGAUCUGAUACAGCGAUUGCUCUUGAGGCAACAAAGCCUUCGUGCCAAAACGUGCCAGAUGAUGUUUCAGAAAUGAACCAUUUGUAUGAGAGUUCAUCGAAAUAUCAAAGUAGGACAGAGCAGAAUGAUGAGGUAGGAUCUUUUGAUGAGGAGUAUGAUGAGUUUUUCAGCAGCCUGACUCAAGUUGACCCCUCCAACUACAGAGAAGAGGAAAGAGACAGAGAUGAGGAUGCACUAGAGGGAAUGCCUUCCCAAUCAGAAGCAGUGGUGUCCCCAGCUGAUGAACAGUUUUUCACUGCAUUUUCCAACCAAAAUAGUUCUGACUCAAGCGAAGGGAUACCAUCCCUAGAAACUCAACAUUCUGAAAGGAAAGAUGUACAAGUUAAAAGCAAUGGUAGCAGAUAUUUUCUUAACAGUACACUUGCAGUGAAAUCUGACACUCAUGGAAAAAGCUUGGCCGAGAAGUUGUUUAAGGCAGUGGCGCCAAAAGCUGCUUUUCAGAAACCAGUGGAAUCCCAGAUUCCAACCAUUGAUAGCAACAUGAAAGUAGAUACAAGGACAGAUGAGCCUGUUGAGAUCGAUGAUGACUCUGAUGAUGACUUGUACAUACUAGCUUCCCAGCUGGAUCCAGGUAAGACACCUGUUCAGAAGAAGCUAGAGAAAGAUGCACAUUUAAUGUCUAGCCCUAAGAUUUCUGACGAUGAAGAUGACCCUUACUUUGCUGCCACACAGGUAGAUUCUUCUAAGUUGUCAGAACGCUGCAUGAAAUAUCUGGCCCAAAACGACAGUCAAACUGAAGAAGAGACUGAUGACAUGUAUUUUGAAUCCACACAGUUAGACACAUCCACAGCCAACAUGGAAGUUGAGGAAAAGAAUCAAUAUAUGGAGGCAACACAGAUUGACCAAAUCUCUGAGAAACACACAGUUACAAAAGCAGGAAUUACAAAUGAUUAUGAGGCUAAAUCUUUUCAACGUCAAGACAGCCAUAAAAAUUCAGAUGAAGUAGCAAGUGGAGAUGAGGAUGAAAGGACUAUACGGUCUCCUUAUUUUACGAAAAAGAGAAAAAUUGAGAAGUCCAAGUCAUUAAGUAAGGGAAGGAAGUACCAGCAGGUAGCAGUUCCUGGAAUUCCAUCUCUUUCAUCAUCUACAAGCCUAUCCAAGACAAUAACAGCAGUUCCUAUUAUAGAUGCUCAGCCUUUGAAAUCCCGAAAAGAUAUCAGACAUGAAGCAAGCAUCGCUAAGAAGUUCUGUUCGACGAAAGAUAAAAAAUUAGAAAAAAGCAGACCAUUACCCAAACCUAAAGCUGUUGAAGAAAACAGGCCUAGAUCUUCACCAGCCACAUCUGGAUGGCUGUCCAAGGGAAGGCUGCAAAGUUUGGAUCAGAGGAAAAGGUCUAGAAGUGGUGACCUACUGAAAGACACCAGGCAAAAGUGUACAUCUGAACAGUCCAGUCUCUCCCAGAAUAUAUCGGCUGCCAAGUUCAAAAUGUACAACCGGAAAAUUUGUGACAAGUCUGUACAUCAAGGCAGUCACAGAGAAGAGCCAAGGAAUGCCAACACAGAUCAUGCUGUGAUGCACAACACAGAUGUGGAGCCGCCAGAUGAAGAAACGGUGAUGCGGAUGGGUCUGCCUCUUCUUCAGCCAUUGAACAGUGUGAAGAAGUCUAACGCUAUAGCUGUGGAGCAGAGGUUCUCUUCCAGAGCCGCUAGUUUAACGCAGUCCUUGAUGCAACCCAUAGUCUCAGCCACAUGUUCCACCAAGUCCAAACACCCGAAGUCGACAUUAGCAAGUAACAGUACACCUUCUGAGGGGGUCUAUCAGGCAGGAAGUUGUGAGAUCUCUGCAGGCCAUGUGAGUGAACCAAAGGAUCAAUCCACAUCAGAUGUGAGAGGAAAAGACAAAAAUUCAGGAAAGGACAACUCUGAGAAUAAACCUGAAGAAUCAUCCAGAAAUUCAAGUCAGGAGUGUGUUACAGCUAUGAAAUCUCAGAUAGUUGACGCCAUAUCAUUAGAGACUUCAAUGGCAGCAGAUGCUUCUAGUAGCAAACAGCCAUCUAGGUCUGAGGACCAGUCAGGCAAGAGCUCCACCAAUUCAGACAAGAGCUCCACCAAUUCAGACAAGAGCUCCACCAAUUCAGACAAGAGCUCCACCAAUUCUAGGAACUACUCAAACAGUAGACAUAAAUCUUAUCGAUCCAGACAUCAGUCUGAACAAUCUUCCAGACACCAAUAUGAAGGUUCGUCAAGUUCUGAAUGCUCUUCUAGACAGCAGUAUAAACAUUCUUUAAGCUCUGGACAUCAAUCCAAAGACUCUUCCAGAUUCCCAUCUGAGCACCCUUCUGACUCAAGACGUGAGUCUGAACAGUCUUCUAGACAUCAACAUGGACGCCCCUCAACUUCUGGACAUGGGUCCAAACACUCUUCCAGAUACCGAACUGAACACUCUUCAGACUCAAAACAUCGCUCUGAACAAUUCUCAAGACACCAAUCUGACCACUCUUCACAUUCUAGAUACCAGUCUAAACAGUCUUCUGGCUCCAAAAACUCUUCACAUUCAGAACGAUCCACAAGUCAUGGACACGCGUCAAAAAGCGAUGAGGUAUCAUCUUCGGAAAGGACAUCUGAUUCUCGCCACUCGAAACACGUUAGAUUUGAGCAAAGUUCCACGGGUAAUUCCAUGCCAAGGUGUGAAGGCUCCUUGGGUUCAAAACAGUCCUCUACAUCCAGCCUAGGGCAAUAUUCUACCCCCAGACAAACUUUUAACGGUGAGCCUACAUCAGCUCCAAACCACCAGUCACCACCGGUAAAUGUUUUUUCCAAUUCUGUUCAAACUUCAAUUUCAAGACCUUGUACAGAUUCAGACCAGAAUUUGGAUUCAAAACUAAGGACACGGUGUCAGAAUGGUUCAGUUUUUGGAAGUGCAGUAAAUGCUAGCAAGGAAUCUACACCGGCAGCUUGCAAUAGGGCAGUGGCCAGUGUCAGUAAAGUAAAGUCAGAUAGCUCCAACAGCAUUCAGCCUUUGCCCGCAGGUGGUGCAACGCAACCCUGCCAAAGCAGCUUGCACACUUUCUUCAAGAAAAUUCUCAAGUGGAAUGUCUCAUGGCUUAGAGAACAAAAAGGUGAUGGGCAGACUGUCCCCCCAGUGGUGGACAUGAGCAGUGUGUAUCCUCUGUGUGAAACAUACAGCUCCUACAGUGAUUAUGAAGAUAUCAUGACCCCACUGCUUUUGUUGGAAACCUGGGAAAUGAUAUACCGAAGUUGGCGUGAGCAAUCAAACCAUCCAUGUUUUAUGAGCUUGCUUGAAGACCUUGAUAUCAAUGUUGACCCAAAACAUAAACUCAUGAAAUUCUACUGGCUCACUGUGACAAAACGCAAUGCUGAGAGGAUGAUCUCUGCUGGGGACAUGGUCAUUGUUCAUCUGAAGAAGAAAGCGACGAAUGAAAAUGAUCAGAGCAAAGUGUAUGAGGUGUUUGGCUAUGUAGAGGCCUGUAAAGUCCUGGACAGCAAUACUGCAAGGCAUUGCCUCAACUACAAGCCCAUCCUGAGGCAAGCUUUGACUGGUCCUGCUGAAGAGUUCCAUUGUGUUAGGUUUCAGACGGUCACACGCUACAGGAAGAUAACACCAGAUGUCACACUGAUGAAAAUUCAGAUUGUGGCAUCAGUCUCGACCUUUGUGCGACAGUACAAGGCCUUGUUGUACCUACCCUGCAGCCCUUUGGUCAGAGAUAUUCUGCGACCAGUCAACCUCAGUGUAUUCACAGACUCCAUCGUACGUGCUCGUGCCAGGGACCCACAGUCCAAGCUAAACGCUUCUCAGCAGCUGGCUGUGAAGAUGGCGUGUCACAUGUGUCUACAGCCCUUUAACAUGCCCAGAUUGACCCUCCUACAGGGUCCCCCGGGGACAGGAAAGUCACAAACCAUCAUACAGCUCAUCAAGAAACUGAAACAGGAAAGUAACGGACAAGCUCGGAUUUUGCUGUGUGCAGCAUCCAAUGCAGCAUUAGAUGAACUAGUGAUGAGAUUGCAUCAGGAGCGUUCAAGAGACAUUGGAAAGCCUGGUGUCAAGGUUAUCAACUUUGUGCGAACAGGCAGGUCUGAGAGUAUGCAUCGUCUCAUUAGGAGCUACAGCUUAAAUGAGCUGGUUCGGAAUACUGCUCGGAAAAGGCAGUUGCCCAAUCACACGCUUCAAACACUGGAGACUGAGAGGAAUACAAUGAACACAAGGCUGAACACUUUGACCAAUCAGUUAAACACUCUACCAGACAACUGCAGCUCUGAAAAGAGAGCAAGUGUUAGACGGGAACUUAACAUGCUGCAGAACCGUAAAAAGUUCCUGGAUCGGACAGUCAAGUGUCAAUCAAGCGAGAAUGUUGUCAUGAGCCCAGCAGAAGAAGCCCAGGUCAGAACUAGACUGUUACUCGGGGCAGACGUCAUCUGUUCUACACUCAGCGGCAUUGGUAGCCCGCUUCUAGUGGACACCUUUACGAACAGAGCUGCCGACCCAAGGAGAGCCCAGACCAAUCAUUUCACCUGUGUCAUUGUUGAUGAGGCCACACAGUGCUCUGAGCUGGAUUGUCUUAUACCACUACAGUUUGGAAUAACCAAAAUGGUUUUAGUUGGGGAUCCAGAACAGCUCCCUGCCACAGUCCUCUCAAAGAAAGCAGAUGAGAAUCAGUUUCGUCUGUCCCUUUUCGAGAGACUGUGCCGCUACUUACAGACCAAGUUCGGUGAUCAGGAAUUAGUCCUCUUCCUGGACACUCAGUACAGGAUGGAUGGCGAGAUCUGUGACUUCCCUAACAAAUAUGUCUAUGAUGAUAGACUUAAAACUGACCAAUCUGUGCUAGAUAGAAGUCAGACGUUCCCCCUGAAGCCUUACCUGGUGUUCGACCUUCAGUAUGGUAGAGAGGUCAACCCGGGCGUUGGGAUGAUAUCCAACCCGUUGGAGGCAGAGUUUAUUGUAGAAUUCUGUGAGUAUCUGGUCAGAACUAUAAAGCUGAAGGAAAAUCAGAUCUGCAUUAUCUCCCCUUAUCAGAAACAGAAGACGUUCCUGAAAGGCCAGCUGUGCAGCAGGAAUAUUAAUGUUGAAGUGGGAACUGUGGAUGGUUUCCAGGGUCGCGAGAAAGAUGUGGUGAUCCUAUCUUGUGUGAGGGCAAAGAGUGAGUCAGGUGGGAUUGGUUUUCUGGGAAACAAGCAGCGAUUGAAUGUGGCUCUCACGCGAGCAAGAUACUCUUUGUUUAUUGUGGGCUGUGUUGAAUCUCUGACUAUCAGUGAGGAAUGGAGGGCUAUGAUGUCAAAUGCUCAGAGGCGGGACAAAAUUGUGACUGUCUCCUCCCCAAGCGACUAUCACGUCGUUAUGCAGCAGUCACUCAAGGAGGGGGCGGGAUGUACCUCACACUGAUUGACUGAACCAUCUCUAGGACGUCAUCAGAUUACAGACGCCUUUUUUGUACUAGUGACUUGGGACAUUGUGGAGAAUUGGAACUUGUACAUGGAAUUUCAUUUACAUUUGUUGGUACAUUGUGUUCCUAUUUGCUGUACUGAAUACCAAGAUGAGGCUAUUCUGAAGAAGGCAGUCGUCCUGUUUGCUGCACUGAAUACCAAAACGAGGUUAUUCUGAAGAAGGCAGUCGUCCUGUUUGCUGCACUGAUUACCAAGACGAGGUUAUUCUGAAGAAGGCAGUCGUCCUGUUUGCUGCACUGAAUACCAAAACGAGGUUAUUCUGAAGAAGGCAGUCGUCAUGUUUGCUGCACUGAAUACCAAAACGAGGUUAUUCUGAAGAAGGCAGUCGUCAUGUUUGCUGCGCUGAAUACCAAGACGAGGCUAUACUGAAGAAGGCAGUCUUCUUGUUUGCUGCACUGAAUACCAAGAGGAGGUUAUUCUGAAGAAGGCAGUCCACCUGUUUGCUGCACUGAAUACCAAGAUGUGGCUAUUCUGAAGAAGGCAGUCGUCAUGUUUGCUGCACUGAAUACCAAGACGAGGUUAUUCUGAAGAAGGAAGUUUUCCUGUUUGCUGCACUGAAUACCAAGACAAGGCUAUUUCUGAAGAAGGCAGUCUUCCUGUUUGCUGCACUGAAUACCAAGACAAGGUUAUUCUUAAGAAGGCAGUCUUCCUGUUUGCUGCACCGAAUACCAAGAGGAGGUUAUUCUGAAGAAGGCAGUCUUCCUGUUUGCUGCACCAAAUACCAAGACGAGGUUAUUCUUAAGAAGGCAGUCUUCCUGUUUGCUGCACCGAAUACCACGAGGAGGUUAUUCUGAAGAAGGCAGUCGUCCUGUUUGCUGCACUGAAUACCAAGACGAGGUUAUUCUGAAGAAGGCAGUCGUCAUGUUUGCUGCACUGAAUACCAAGACGAGGUUAUUCUGAAGAAGGCAGUUUUCCUGUUUGCUGCACUGAAUACCAAGACGAGGUUGUUCUGAAGAAGGCAGUUGUCCUAUUUGCUGCACUGAAUAUCCAGACAAGGUUAUCCUGAAGAAGGCAGUCUUCCUGUUUGCUGUUUUCUGCUGUAGAAUGUGGUGACCUCCAUUACGGUGCUGAGUACCAUGAAAUGGUUGUGCUGUA